UUUUUUCUCCUACUAAGCAACCUAGGGCUCAAGCGCCGACCUCGCUGGCGCCUCUCCCGCUCCAGCUCGCGACACCGCCGACGCCUUCCUCGCUCACGACCCUCAGCCUGCGCUAGCCCGCCGGCGAACCCUCUCGUCAGAUCUCUCUGCUUUCUGCGACCUUCUGGCCCGAUUGCUCCCUUCAUGCGUCUCUCCCCUCUCGCCAGCGAAUCCGCCGGACCGCCCCUCUUAGUUGCGUGAACCCUUGCCGUCGCUUCUCCCGCUGGCGCCGCUCCUCUAAUAUGCAUUUCCUAAAUCGAUCCCUGUUCCUUUGAUCUUGGAAUAUGUCUACAUUGAAUCCUUUGAGGAGGGUGGUUUCUCACGUUAUUUUGGAUUUGGACGGCACACUUCUAAACACAGAUGGCAUUGUGAUCGAGGUGUUAAAAGUAGUAUUAGCACAAUAUGGAAAGAAAUGGGAUGGCAAAAAGUCUCAUAGAAUAGUAGGGAAGACACCUUUUGAAGCAGCAAGUGCUGUUGUAGAGGAUUACGAGCUUCCAUGCACGAUUGCGGAGUUUAUGUCUGCAACAACGCCCAUGUUUUCUAAUCAGUGGUGCAAUAUUAAAGCUCUUCCGGGUGCAAAUCGAUUAGUCAGGCAUCUAAGAUUGAAAGGCGUGCCAUUUGGGUUGGCUUCAAACUCUCCAAGAGCAAACAUAGAUGCUAAACUUUCUUAUCACCAUGGAUGGACUGAGUCAUUUUGGGCCAUUGUUGGUGGCAAUGAAGUUGAAAAUGGAAAACCAUCACCUGAUGUUUUCCUUGAAGCAGCAAGAAGGUUGAAAGUUGAUCCUUCGAAUUGCCUGGUUAUUGAGGAUUCAUUACCUGGUGUUAUGGCUGGGAAAGCCGCUGGAAUGGUGGUGGUUGCUGUACCAUCACUUCCUAAACAAGCUGGUCUUUUCAACUCUGCCGACGAGGUGAUCAAUUCUCUGCUUGAUUUCCAUCCUGAAAAAUGGGGUUUGCCUCCAUUUGAUGAUUGGAUUGAAGAUACUCUGCCAAUCGAACCUUGGUACAUUGGAGGACCUGUUGUGAAGGGUUUUGGUCGUGGUUCAAAGGUACUUGGCAUACCUACUGGAGCCAUGGCUUCUCCAUGAAUUCGAUGAUGAUUUCUAUGGGGAGGAGCUACGCCUUGUUGUCGUGGGCUAUAUAAGGCCAGAGGCUAAUUUUCCAUCACUUGAUAGCUUGAUUCAGAGAAUCCGUCAGGAUGGGAGGAUAGCAGAGAAAGCCCUUGAGCUUCCAAUAUACGCAGGUUACAAAGAUGAUCCAUAUUUAAAAAAUUCUUUUCAAUUGAACAAUUGUUGCUAAUGGUGGAGAUGAAGCAACUAUUAUUUGGAAAUCGUAAUCUCUGUCAAAUAACUACACCAUAUUACAACGAGCAAACAUUGAAUAAAACAAUUUUAUAUUGUUUGCAUUUAAUAAAUGAUGAAAAAAGUUGUA